AUGGCGUUCAACGGUAGAGUGGAGCACUACAGGAUUUACCAACUUAACGGUAUAUUAACAUGCGACCAUGAAGAAAAUUUCGAUAAUUUAACACAACUAAUAGCGCAAGCAUCGUUGGUGAUUCGUCGUGGCGAUUUGCGUCUCGGCGACACAAUUGGCCAUGGAGAAUUUGGAGAUGUUCUUCUGGGGGAUUACAAUGGUUGCCGAGUUGCAGUGAAAGUGCUGAAGCGUAAUGCCAUGGUGCAGUCGUUGUUGGAUGAAGCAAAAUUUAUGAUAGGUCUGAAACAUACAAAUUUGGUUGCUUUGCUGGGUGUAGUGAUCGAUGAUGCCCGGGAAAUUCUAAUGGUUACUGAAUAUAUGGCAAAUGGGAAUCUCGUCGAUUUUUUACGUUCACGUGGACGUCACCAACUGGAAAAG